AUGUCCAAGAAGAGCUACUCGGCCGACGACAAGCGCCGUGCCAUCGAACGCUACCACGAGAAGAUCAACUACAGCCCACGCUAUUCUGACGACGAGUGGGAGUACAGGCAUGUCAUCCUGCCCAAGGAGAUUGCCAAGUUUGUGCCCGCAGGCAUCCUUGCCGAAGACGUGUGGCGCGGACUCGGCAUUCGUCAGUCACCUGGAUGGGAGCAAUACCUCCGCCACGAGCCUCACAUCCUCCUCUUCCGCCGGCCCAAGAACUACGACCAGCUCCACCCUCCUUUGGGCGGCUCGGUGGCCGCCGUGCGUGCGCUCAACAAGUAG